CAGUUUGGUUGGACAAAACUAAACCUUAAUUUAUCUGAUCAGUUUUGGCUUUAUCAACAGAUAAAAACAUAGUUGGGUUGUAAAUUUUUUAUUUUUUUAUUUUCUGAAUCCCAACCGCACGCACAGUCUUAGAUGCUGCGAUCCAAUUCUGAGGAGAAGGGAUCUAAUGAAUUAGCUUCUCUAAUCUGAUCUGAUCUGAUCUGAUCUGAUCUCUGCCCCCUCCUUGGAAACAGCAAUGGAAAAUCAAUUGCUUGUGCAAUUUUUCAUGGCAAGUGUAGUAGGGCUGUUGUGUGUAUCUUCUUUAUCACCUUCUUCUCUGAAAGUUAAAGAUAAAGUGAGUAGUAUUAGUAGUAGUAGUGAUGGGUCUGCAUCAUCAUCGGCGGUGGGAGACCCAGGAAUGACAAGAGACGAACUCAGAGUAGCCUUCGAAGCUUGGAACUUUUGCAAUGAAGUUGGCAAACAAGAAGCUCCUUCCAUGGGUAGCCCCAGAGCUGCCGAUUGUUUUGAUCUUUCAAAUGUUCUGGUUCUAUGUUGUAAAGAAGCAGAUUACUCUCUGAAUCACAAAGUAACAGAGGCAGAUAACAAACUUGGUGUGGGGAAGCCAUUCCCUGGUUUGACUCAAAAAGCUCUAAGCAAUCCAGACCUUUAUGCAGUGGAGAAGGAGCUUUAUCUGGGUUCUUUAUGCCAAGUUUUGGACAACCCAAAUUCAAAACCAUGGCAAUUUUGGAUGAUUAUGUUGAAAAAUGGAAACUAUGACACAAUGUCUGGUUUGUGUCCAGAGAAUGGGAAGAAGGUACCCCCUUUUAAACCUGGAAGAUUUCCGUGUUUCGGAGAUGGGUGUAUGAAUCAACCCCUCUUGUAUCAUCAACCCACGAGUUUAUCAAGUAAUGGUACAAUGAUUGGGGGUUUUCGUGGUACCUAUGAUUUGGAUUCUGAUAUUAAAGGUGGGAUCAGUGGGAUUUCUUAUUUUGAGGUUGUUUGGGAGAAGAAAGUUGGUGUUGGAAGUUGGGUUUUUAGUCAUAAACUACAAACCUCAAAAUUGUAUCCAUGGCUGAUGUUGUACCUUAGAGCUGAUGCAACCAAAGGUUUCUCUGGAGGCUAUCACUAUGACACCAGAGGAAUGCUCAAAACUCUUCCAGAGUCCCCUAAUUUCAAGGUCAGAUUGACAUUGGAUGUGAAGCAAGGGGGUGGACCUAAGAGCCAGUUCUACCUAAUAGAUAUAGGUAGCUGCUGGAAGAAUAAUGGUGCACCCUGUGAUGGAGAUGUGCUCACCGACAUAACCAGGUACAGUGAGAUGAUCAUUAACCCCAAUAUUGAAGCUUGGUGCAGCAGUACGAGUUUGGGGAACUGUCCGCCAUUCCACAUCACUCCAAACAACACAAAAAUUUACAGGAAUGAUACUGCAAACUUCCCUUAUUCGGCUUAUCACUACUACUGUGCUCCUGGGAAUGCCCGGCACUUGGAAAAACCUUAUAGCACUUGUGAUCCUUACAGCAAUCCCCAGGCACAGGAGCUGCUUCAGUUGCUGCCUCAUCCAAUCUGGGCCGAGUAUGGAUAUCCAACUAAACAAGGAGACGGUUGGGUUGGGGAUGCUAGAACUUGGGAGCUCGAUGUUGGUGGCCUUUCCAGUAGACUCUACUUCUAUCAGGAUCCGGGAACUGCUCCUGCAAGAAGAAUAUGGACAUCUCUUGAUGUGGGAACUGAAAUAUUUGUUAGUGACAAAGAUGAAGUGGCAGAAUGGACAUUGAGUGAUUUCGAUGUUAUUCUGACUUCUCCAACUGAACAAUUUAAAUAAUUUUUCGCUAUGUAGCUUGUGAAAGUUAGUUUUCUUCUGUUGUUAGGCAAGAAAAAAUUGGGAUGAUAUGUGUGGUAUAUGCUCCACUGCAGUUAGAAAAGUUUCAUCUGCUGGGAGCAGAAGCCAAACAAGCCCUAAAGAGGGCAGAGGUCUUUGUAUUGUUGAGGCACCCACAGGGUCACCCAGAGUCAUCCUGUUUCUCAAAUCUUUUUAUUUAUUUAUUGUUAUUUAACUUUGUCAGUGAA